AUGGAGGAACCGAAAGAGUCGAGCCUGGUUGUUACACAUGGACAUGAAUAUGACAAAGACCGCCUCAAAAAAUUAAUAGACACACCACUACCCGAGAUCGGAAAGGUGGACAUCUCACCUUUGUUGCGGGUGCAAACACUCUACCAGGCCCUGGCCAAUAGCACUCGACUGUUAGCAGCCACGGUGAAGGAAAAGAAGGAUAGAGGAAAGCCGCGGAGAGCCAGAGGCCCCCCCGCAAGGACAGGCGAUGUUGGCGCCAGUGCCAAUGUUGCGGAAACACCAGCGUCAAGCGCACAGAAUACCGAUGGCCAAACGGAGGAGUCCAAGGAUCCCAAUCUCGAAGAACAAUUUUUGGAAAAGAUGAUCGACAUGGUGAAGGGCAUGCUCAGUUGCUGCGAGGUGCUUGUAGACGUUGCGGGCGGAGCUGCGCUCAAGGAGAGACCGGAACCAUUUGUGGCAACACUAGUGCCUAAAGAUAAACCUACUCAGGUUGCAACAUGGAAAGAAUGGCUGCACGGUCUUGAUCGGAAUGUCUUGUUCAGCGAAGAUUACCGAAAGGGCAUGGCUCAACUAUGCAGGGCACAGCGAGGCCUGAAAAAAGAAUUAACGAAACUCCAAGGCAAACUUCCCUCUAGACCGGACAGCCAAGAGGGUAUUGAGGACGUUGAGGAGCUAGAGACGAAAGAGGAUUGGUCCUGGAUCGGUGAUGAGACAGAGGAUUUUGAAGAAAUAGACGGAGUGGAUGAUUCCUCGGAGAUAGGAAAUUGA